AGCCAGUCAGUUGUACAAAAGUAUUCAAUAUGAAGGCGUUCUUAUCUCUGGUUCUGCUGCUGGCUCUGGCUUUAGGUCAAGUUAGUGCUAGUUGCCCGGAAAGCUGUCCCGAUACGGAGGAUGUCGUCUGGGCUCUUGGAGGCAUUUGCAAUGUUUUCCGCAACAAGUGCUACUUCGACAAGGCAAACUGCCAGCGAGAUCCAGCGUUGACAAUCACCACCAAGGAGGAGUGCCAGAAAAAUUGCGGCAUCGCUUGUAUUCAGCAAUACGACCCUGUGUAUGGUACUUAUAAGGGUCAGGAGCGCCGCUUUGGUAACGAGUGUGAAAAAAUUGUUCACACCUGCCGAACUGGCGAAACCUUUGUUUAGAGGAACAUAUAAAAUGCAAAGCCUCAAAACGUACAUCCGAAUAAAUGCAUUUUUAAAAUGACUAA